GGGGAGAUGGCGGAGCAGCAGCACGGUGCCCAGGAGCAAGCAGCGGCCGGCAAGAGCCACGGAGGCCUGGGGGGCAGCUACAAGGUGACCCUGUACGAGCUGGAGAACUUCCAGGGCAGGCGGUGUGAGCUGUCGGCCGAGUGUGCCAACCUCACGGACGGCCUGCUGGACAAGGUGGCCUCCAUCCAAGUGGAGUCGGGCCCGUGGCUGGCGUUCGAGCGCAGGGCCUUCCGCGGGGAGCAGUUUGUCCUGGAGAAGGGAGAUUACCCGCGCUGGGACGCCUGGUCCAACAGCCACCGCAGCGACAGCCUGCUGUCCCUCCGGCCGCUGAGCAUCGACAGCCCGGAUCACAAGCUGCACCUGUUCGAGAACCCAGCGUUCAGUGGCCGCAAGAUGGAGAUAGUGGAUGAUGACGUGCCCAGCCUGUGGGCUCACGGCUUCCAGGACCGCGUGGCCAGUAUCCGCGUCAUCAAUGGGACGUGGGUCGGCUACGAGUUCCCCGGCUACCGCGGGCGGCAGUACGUGCUGGAGCGGGGCGAGCUGCGCCACUGGAACGAGUGGGAGGCCGGCCAGCCGCAGCUGCAGUCCGUGCGCCGCAUCCGGGACCAGAAGUGGCACAAGCGGGGCUGCUUCCUCAGCAGCUGAGCCCGGG